GCAUCAUUUCCAGCGACAGAUGGCGACCUUGCGCGGGCCUUCUGCCUACUGCGCCCCGCCGCACCGAGACAGCUGAGUCACACUCAGAGACAGAAACAGUGAGUGAGAAACAUUACAGCGGCUCCAGUCGAGAAACAGUCGUGACCGCAUUAAAGUAAAGUGUGGCCCCCGCUGCCCACCGACAGCACUACGCAUCAUGCUGACGAUAACGCUGAAGACGCUCCAGCAGCAGACGUUUAAGAUAGAGAUCGACCCAGAAGCGAUGGUGAAAGCCCUUAAAGAGAAAAUAGAGGAGGAAAGAGGAAAAGAUGCAUUUCCUGCUGCUGGACAAAAACUCAUCUAUGCAGGAAAAAUCUUGAAUGACGACUCUCUGCUCAAAGACUACAAAAUAGAUGAAAAGAAUUUUGUGGUGGUCAUGGUAACCAAGCCUAAGGCAGCUCCUGCUCCAAAGGCAGCUCCCCAGCCAAACCCUGAGCCUGUUGCAGCUUCAGCACCAGCCUCCACCACAGCAUCAGCCUCAGGUCCGGCACAGGCGGCUGCCACCACCACACAAACGGAGUCUGCACCCACACCUGCUCCACAGACUGUGCCUCUCUCUGAAUCCCCAUCUUCAUCCCCAGUCCCAGAAAAAUCAACCCCAGCUCCUUCAGAAGCAGCGCCAAUGUCAACAGCAGCAGCUGUAGAUCCAGACUCAAGUGGAGCCUCAGAUCCAGCCCCAGAUGCUGCUGCUGCUGCUCCUCCAGCAUCUGCUGCUGCCCUAGCCCCUGAAUCUGUUCAGACGGCCUCAUUUGCUUCAGACACCCCGACUACGACUUCACAGCCAGAAGACAAACCCCGGGAAACCUCUGACAGUCAGCCCCCAGAACCGGAGCACUCUUCUGCUUCCAGCCUUGUUGAUGAACUAGGACUUCUUGAAGAAGCAGCAUCAAUACUGGUGACCGGUGCAGCCUACGAAAACCUGGUGGCAGAGAUCAUGUCCAUUGGUUACGAGCGGGAGCAGGUGGUGGCUGCGCUUAGGGCCAGUUACAACAACCCAGACCGAGCCGUGGAGUACCUCCUCAUGGGGAUUCCAGCAGAGGCCAGUGGUCUGCCCCCCCAGGAGCCAGUAAGACCCACUGCUCCUUCAAAUCCUCCAAACCCUAGUACUACUACUACUACUACUACUACCACCAAUACUACCACUACUGCACAGCAGCAGCCCCAGCAGCAGCCCCCUGCUGCCCCCAACACGGGGUCUGUGCCAGCCUCCCAGCCUCCCUCUGCCGGUGGAGGCUCUGCUCCUCCUACGGGGAACCCUCUGGAGUUCCUGAGGAACCAGCCACAGUUCCAGCAGAUGAGACAGAUCAUCCAGCAAAACCCGGCUCUUCUACCGGCCCUGCUGCAGCAGCUCGGCAGAGACAACCCACAGCUGCUGCAGCAAAUCACGCAGCACCAGGAGCAGUUUGUACAGAUGCUGAAUGAGCCCCGACCCGGAGACACAGGUGGAGACACGGGUGGAGAGGGGGCCGAGGCCGAGGCCGAGGCCCAGGGUUCACCACAGACUAACUACAUCCAGGUCACCCCACAGGAGAAGGAGGCCAUAGAGAGGUUAAAAGCACUGGGCUUCCCUGAAGGUUUAGUCAUCCAGGCAUAUUUUGCCUGUGAGAAGAACGAGAAUCUGGCUGCCAACUUCCUGCUACAGCAGACGUGGGAUGACGAGUAGGCAAACAUCACCUGACGCAUCACUGUUGGACCGAGGGCCCUGUAUUGGAAAACCGGGUUCAGGAGGAAAGGAGACAUGAACAAGGGAAGGAUGAACAACAUUUUUUUCACACCAUUUUGACUGUGGUCUGAAGGUGGAGGUGACGACAUGGAUUUGCUGUUAAAAGUGAGCUGCGCUGCCUGCUCUUCAUUCUGCUGCUGAGAGGAUGAGCUCCCACUGAGCUGUGUCCUCACUGCUGCCACAUUACCGCCGCUGCUGCCGCUGAUGCUCAGGCUGAGUCAUCACACUGACAGAGGUCACAUGACAGACACUGUUUGUGAGUGUGUAUCACCUUCACACAGAACAACAGUGUGUCUGUGGUAAAUAUGUACAGCACGUGAUUAGAACCCUUUUCUGUCUGACGUAACUGAGCAUUACUGUGUUAAAAUGUUUAAAAAAAGUGACAGGUCAGAUUUUUGAAGAGUGGCUUUAUGACAGGAAAUCAUUUCAAGACAUUAAAUCUGCGUAAAAAAAAUCCAUGUUAGGCCCCUCUUCAACAAUCUCAGUAGAAGGCUGGAACUGUUCCAAAAACCAAAUAUGGAAGAGCAAUGAGAAAGACCUCAUACCUCAUUUUUGAAAUAACUUUGUUGUUUUCUCUUUUUUAAUCUGAUUGGACGUUUUCAUCAGGUGACUUUUCUACAACAGCAGCUGAGAUUAUGUUGAGCAUCUGUUCUUGUUCUCAAAAUCCAGUCUACCAAUCAGAAAAAGUUUUGAAAAACGUUGCCAUAUUUUCCUCUCUCUCUUUUGUUUUAUUUCCUACCAGAAGUUAAAGAUACUUUUAUGUUCUAACAAACUAGGACUUCUUCACUGAUCAGCAACAGGGACCGUUUAUAACUGAAUUUAUCGUCUGAAUUUGAACUUUCACUCUCAUGUUUGAGCUUCAGAUGACUCUUGACGACCCUGUUCCGUCAGUAAAUGGCUAAAUUCUAUUUUUUGUGUUUCCUGUGAGAACUAAUGUUUGCGUCGGUAGUCGGUUUAGUAGCUCAAACAGCCACACUUCAGAAAACAUGACCUAUCCCUUUAAAAUUAAGGUACAGUAAAUGUAGACUUUUAUUUUGUUUGUUUUUUUUGUCCUGGGAUGGGAAAACUGGUCACAAUAAUUUAUUACUAAAUUCUGUUGUCCAAACAAAUACUACAACCAUGAAUUAUUAUUUUAAAUACAUUUACAUUUUUAGACAUAAAGAUGUUUGUUGCGAACUCAAUGUAAUUUGGCCCUAAAAUGUUUUUUUUUUUUAUUUUGUCAUGCCUUUGUAGUUAUUCCCUGGGAGACUAGGGGUUAUUAUCUGACAUUUAAAAAUAAUCAGAAAAUUGGGACUGCCUUAUAUGAGCCUAUUAACUUAUGAAGGAUGUAAAAUGUGUAUCUGUGUGUGUGCAGCGGUGGUGUGUCGUAUGUGAGACCCGGUGCGCCCUCUCAGGCUUUUGUUGCUUCUGUUUGGGGUUUUUUUGGACAUUAAGGAAUGUGUUUUUGAAGUGCCACACUGCUGUGUACUCCCUCAGCUGUGUAUUUCACUACUAUAAGUAUCCUUGUUAGUUUUCUCUCAGUAUUUUCACAGACUCUGUUUUGAUGCCAACGAAAUUGGGUCCCCCAUCAAAUGCUGUACAAAGACCGUAUAUAAGAAGUGGAUGUAGUGUAAGUGAACCCUCCCAAAACACAGCAAAUAUAUAUGCUUGUGUAUAUACAGUAUAUGUAUAUAUGUGUAUAUAUACAUACACACGUAUGUAUGUGUGAAGCAACUUCCAAAAUCUCAAGGUCACCUGUGCUCAUGUCGGAGGCUUUGCUGUUUCCAUCACACAGCUGUGUCCCUUUCUUAUAUCAGGUCUUUGUUCAAACCUCUCUUCUCUUCUAUGCAUUAUGAAGCUGUCAGCUGAUGCUACAUCAUGCCUUACUGGUAGAAAGCUUUUUUUUCUGUAGGUCUUACAGUUUACUGGAGUACUUUUGUUGUAUUAACUUUACAGAUGAGAAAUUUUCAUCACUGAACACCAGUCAUCCACACUUGGACUAAAAAGGGAAAUUUAGAAACAGAGCUGGAAGCCAAAUUAAACAGACAGAUGUUUAUAUUGACCAUUAAGAGCAUGUGCUUUGCUCCAGUUGCUUUUCUUCCUUUGGGUUCAACUGGAAACAAUGGGGUGUGUCAUCAUUAAAAAAAAAAAAAAUGUCAGGGGUAUUUACCUGCAGGGGGCAGAGGCACUUUACUGUGACAGAAAAAAUGCAUAUUGUUGGUUUGCAUGGAGUGACCAGGUCACCAGUGUGAUGUUUGCUCUGAUCUUAGUUUGUCUGUUGUUUUGUUUUUUUGUUUGGGUUUAUUCCUAAGAAAAGGAUAAUAUUAGUAUAACAGUGACAUCAUAAUGACAAACUCCAGUGAAGUCAACGCUGGAUAGAUGUGAAGAAAAAAAAGUUUUGUUUCAUCAUUGUGUAAAAUAAAGAGAUUUUACAGAGUG